CUGUAGUCCCAAGCUACAGCUCCUCUGCCGGGCUUCCCCGUAAAAACGCCCCCCAGACUCUCUGUAGAAAGUAAUCCGACACAGCCCUGUCGGUUCACAACAAGAUCCCCUUUCCGAGCCCGUAAAAUCAGCGAUAUGAAGUUUUAACUUGAAGUUGCAAAGGCCGUGUUGUAAAAAAUCCCAGAAGGAGUCAGAAAAACUGGGGAAAUGUCUGUUUCUCUUCGCACAGCACAAGGGCUGAGGGACAAUAAAGCUGGUACAACAUCUUUCCACUCAAAAUAUGACGAGGGGUUAAUUCCAGACAGAAAAAAGGUGCUUGUAAGUGGAUAAAAAUAGCAACAGUGAGCUGAACAGCAAAUUCCUAAUUUGUGUUGAGCUUAAUUACUUCAUGUAUCAUGUAUACUCAAUACAGAAACUGUAUCUUGAAGAAAAAAAAAAAAAAAAAAGAAAAAACACCUGCCUGCCUAAAAGUUCCAUUCUGUGUGGGACUCACUUCCUGUCACAGAGGAGGGCCUAACCUAAGGCAGCCUGCCCUCAUCCCCGCGAGUAAACCCACCUGUGGCCACAGUGCUGCUGUGAAAUAUUUCCAGUCAUCACAGGCAUCGGCUUGAACUCAUCCAAAUGUGAAGCCUGGAAUAAAGUUCUGUCAUGAUGUGCGGUUCAAAAAGUCAGUCAUUAGUAUUCCUUGGACUGGUUUUCAACAGCCUAGAAAUGGUUUUUUCAUCUAGCACAGGUUUCUCUAUGUCUAUAUGUGAUGUGACAUCAAGAAGCAUUUAUCUCAGAUGGCCCAAGGUUUCAGGAGCCUUUUCCUACAGAAUCACAGCUACAGCUGUGAAUACUGUAGGCCAUUCUUUACUGGCUCAUUUUAGUGAUGCUACAUUUACAGGCAUGCUAACUUCAUUAAUUCCCAAUACUGUUUAUGCUAUACAAGCAGAAGCCAUUGACAAGAAUGGAAUUAUUCUGGCUGAAACACAGAUUAUGCAGUCAACAGCUCCAGACAUACCUGUUAUUGAUCAGGCUUACUCAAAACUUAGCAACAGUAUCACAGUGGAAUGGAGAGCGGUACCUGGAGCUACUGGUUACCUACUGUCUGCACAAGAUGGAGAUUCCUGCACUGAAACUAUAGUCACAAAUUCACUGGGUACAGUUAUGGGAUUGAAACCUGCCACCUCAUACAGAGUCACUAUCAGAUCUAUAAAUGCAGGAGGAAAAAGCCAGCCUUCACCUUCCAGAAAAGCAAAAACAGUCCUGGCUGCUCCAGUUCUGUCUGUUAGUUCCCUGAGCUGUGACUCCAUUGCAGUGAGCUGGAAAGCUGUGUAUAUGGCGGCUGGAUUCUCUGUGUCCCUGAUGAGAUCGGAUGGUUUGGGCAGAAUGCUGAAGCAGAACACCACCAAUACUUUCUUCGUAUUUACAAAUUUAGAUCCUGGAACUCUCUAUACUAUCAAGGCAUAUGCCUGGAAUGCCAAUGGGCUUCCUGGAGAUGAUUUCACAUACAACCAAAGAACAAGUCCUCAGGCACCAGUGGAUGUUCAAGUAGUUUUCAGUAGCGGUGCUUUAAGAGCUGUUGUUUCUUGGAUGCCAGCAGAAGGAGCUCUAACUUACAGUGUGACAGCCUCCAGUGGACUCCUGAAACUGAAGUGUAGCACAUCGUCUGCCUCCUGCGUGGUACCGUCACUCCAGUGUGGAUCUGAAUAUUCUGUUUCUGUCACAGCACAUAAUGAUGCUGGAUCCAGUAAACCUACUGAUGCAGUAAGCUUAAAAACUAUCCCUUGUGCACCAGGAAAUAUAUCAAUUAAAGAGGAUGAACCUGGCAACUUGUUGGUAUCAUGGUCCAGCGUCAGUUUUGGCCAUUAUUAUGUGGUUUUUGUGAAGAGUGAUGAUGGCUUGGAAGUGCACUGCAACACAUCACAUACUCAAUGCCAUUUCCAAUCAGACUGCGGUUUCACCUACUUCAUUAGUGUCUUUGCAUACAACAAGGCAGGGCAGAGUCCUUUAGGUGAUGUAUUCAAUUACACCACUGCACCUUGCUGCCCCAGCGACUUCCAUGCUGUCCUGGUGGCAAGUGACACCGUGGAGGUGACCUGGGCUCCUGUCCGCGGUGCUGAACUGUACGAGACAAAAGCUGCUGAGGGGAGCAGUGCUGUGCUCUGCAACGACACCGCCAUGGCCUGCACCUUGUCUGCUCUGCGCUGCAACACCAUCUACAACAUCACUGUUUACUCAUUCAGCGAGACCAGGGGCAGCAACACAUCAUGCACACCUAAAUAUGUGGCAACAGCUCCCUGCAGUCCUGAAAUUAAAAAUAUCUCAAAGGAGGCUCUUUCUGUAAUCACUGUGCACUGGCAGUCUAACAAAGAAGCUACAUAUACCGUAACUGCACGAGGAGAAGCUGGACUUUGGCAUUGCACAAGCUCUGGAAACUCCUGUACCCUAAUUAAUCUUCCCUGUGGAUCUGCUUUCUCUGUUAGUGCUAUAGCAAGGUCACAGGUGGGACAGAGCUUACCCAGCUACAGUGUUCCUUUAGAGACAGCUCCUUGUUGCCCUAACGACCUGACACUGACUCAAGUGACACAGUCUGUAACAAACAUCAGCUGGUCUGCCGGGAUGGGUGCUCAGACAUAUGUAACAAUGCUGGAGUCUUCAAAAGGAUGGGCAAAGUGUCAUACUCUUCAAAACUACUAUCUCCUGGGAUGCAUCACAUGUGGCACCAACUAUACAGUAUCACUGAGAGCAAUCAGUGAAACUGGUUUGACAUCCAGUUGCACAUAUCAAGGAUACUCUUCCAGUGCUUGCUGUCCUUCUGGAGUGAAGCUAUACAGAAUUGGCAAUAACGGUAUCCGGGUGUACUGGCGAGCUUCUGCAGAAACCAAGAGCUACAAUAGUGAUUUACGUGGUUCAAAAGGCAAUUUCACCUGUACUCCUAGCUCUGGGCGAAGUUACUGUGAUAUCACUGAGAUACCUUGUGGGGAUGUCUACACACUGGUAGUAUCUCCAGUUACCGAUAAGGAGCCAAAGCUUACAUUUUGUCCUAAGAAAAUAUAUUCAGUAACCUGUUCUGGAAGCUCUGUUGGAAUGGUGAUUUAUAGAGGAAAGAACAAUGCAGAACAUGUCUAGAUGGAAAUUCUGGUUCAGACAAGGAGGUAAGUUCAAAGAGUCCUAAGAUUAGGAUGUUGUUUGCUUUUUUUCAGCUGCUUAAAUCUUUGGGAUUGAAGGGAUAAACUUCACUAAUUCUAUCAAAGUUAUUUGUUUAAAUCCAUCAUAUUUACCUCAUGUUGCCUACUCCUGCUAUCAACACUCAUUUGUCCUCUCCUCCAGUAACCCAUCUUUCGCUUCCUUAAGCCUUUUCUACUGAUUUUAUAAUCCCCCAUCAGAGGAACCCUCCACCAAAGACAAACGGAUCAAGCUACUCUCCAGUACUCAAUUGCCUUGUCUUUCUCCCAUCUAAAACUACUCAGUCUCCCACAAAGUACUCAUUUUCUGGGCAAGUUACUGUCCUGGUCUCAAGGAUGAUCUCAAAAGGAUGGUGAGAAGUCACUGCUGGCUUUUUUCUUCCCCAAGGUUAACUUCCUCUCUGCUGCUCUCCAAGAGCUAUCUCGGAUAUUAAGGAUGUUGCUAACACCAUCCUCCCUAUUGCUCUUUCCCUGAAGCUGGAAAGACGACAUCUAUGCUUAAUUGCAACAGUCACAGCUGAAGACAGGGAGGAGGGAAACUGAACAGCUAGCUCUAUCUGAAAUCUAAUCCGGAACACUCAAUUUCAGCCCUAAACGAUGAGAUCAUUUUUUAAAUGCAGUUGGACAUAGAUAGAGAUAUUAGUUACCUUGAACUGUAAUUUUCCCUGUAAAGCGAUCAGUUUUAAAAGCUGUUCCAAAAUGGUUACUAAUCACUAAGUGCAUUUUAGACCUAAUACACUGAAGUAGUGAAGGCCAAAAGAAAGA